GGACAUCUGCAAACUUCCAGUUGGGUUCAAAUUGUUAUAAUGGCUAGGUUCGAGAAAAAAUCAUGUGAUUUUUGACAAUAAUUAAUCGGAGAGGUGGUGGGAGUGCAGAAUGUGGAAGACGAGCAGAGUUCUGAGCGAGCUCACGACGGACUGACAGGACGGAACGAGAGUGAAAGACAAACAGGCUCAGCAGCGGGACUACAGGAUUUUCUGGAUCGAUGGAGAACUCGAAUGUAAUUACUUGAGAUCUCAAUCGUGUGAAUGAGGCAUAGCAGUAGGAGAUUUCACCAGCGUAUAUUCCAGCCCUGAAGGUUUUGGAGCAAUUUGGACGAUGGCCCGUCUUUUCAAGAAUCCGGACAAGCUUUCUGCAUACCGGGAUCGUAGAUUUUCGGGAACGCAGGAUGAGUUUGACCACGCACUUCGAACCUCCGUUACGGUUUAUGUUGGAAAUCUUUCCUUCUACACUACUGAGGAGCAGAUUUACGAGGUUUUUUCGCGAACUGGUGAAAUCAAGAAAAUUAUCAUGGGGCUGGACAAGAACACCAAAACUCCGUGUGGAUUCUGCUUCGUCAAGUAUUACACACGUGAUGACGCUGACGAUUCUGUGAAGUACAUAAGUGGAACAAUACUUGACGAUAGGCCUAUUCGAGUUGAUUUCGACUGGGGUUUCCAAGAAGGCCGUCAGUGGGGACGAGGAAGAAGUGGUGGUCAAGUCCGUGAUGAGUACCGUACUGAUUACGAUCCUGGUAGAGGAGGAUACGGGAAGCUCGUACAGAAGGAGCUGGAAUCUCGGAGACAGCUUGUAGACUAUGAGACUCCAGUUGGUGGUCUUGGAUCUUUACCAUCAUAUCAACAGCAAUCAAAUAGCACCGGUGGAGGAGGUGGUGGAGGGGGUUUUCGGAAUAGAGGGAACUACAAGCGACAGAGGGAGGAAGAGCGAGCACCUGCAGAUGGUGUCAAGAGAAUAGAUCGUGGGCCGAGACCGGAAAAAAACCCGCGGUUUCGAGAGAAAGGAGACUCAGAUGAUGAGGACGGUGGCAAAAACUAGACUAGAAAUGGUUGAAGCAGCCUUAGUUGGUGUAAUGCUCUGGUCUCUGAUGAUUUUCGUUACGUGGCCGAUAUCACUGACUUCAUUAUUUGGCUAACAGAUGAAGUCAGCUGAAGUUAGGGAUGUCGUCACGCUCUGGCAUAGUUUAUAUAGGGAUAGCCAGCUAUGUUGUCGGAUUUCUAUCCUCUUAUCCUGAAUCAGGCAACAGAUUUUGAAGGAGCUUACUGCGCAGUAAACCACUGAAGAGUGAAGAUGACGCACAUGUAAUGUAAGGAGACUAGAGCUAGAUAUCAGUGUCCGUCAAGGAGACGCCAGCAAUAGUGCUGGAGUUUUUGUAUCAGAGAUUACUCCCUUUUUAGAAGAAGCGAUGGGUUGUGAUUGACGUGGUCAAGCUUUUUGCGACAUCUAGAUUCGUGAGGUGACUUGUGGUCCCUGAAAAUCACCUUCCAAAAUUCUGAGGCAGGAGAGAGGUCUUCGAUGUUAGGAGCAUCGAUAAUUCACUCGAAUUGCACAUACCGUAUCACAGAAAUAUACGUGGGUGCCGAUAUGUCAAAGCAGGUUCAUUUAGA